CCCGAUACGAACCGAAUUUUUUACUUAUAUACCUAGGGGCCUAAAAUUUUUAAAAAUGUUCCGCACCUCCAUGGAAAAAUCCUGGGUCCGACACUGCCCACCCGGGGUGGUGACUUGGGCGUUUGUACCCAACCCACGCCCCCAUACCCCAUAGUCUUAAUCCAUGCGAACCAUGGUGGAUCAAGCAAGGGGGUAAUGUAGCCUUCUAUUCAUGUUCUUAGGUGGCGAAUUAUGUCCCAACUAUCAGUGGCGGAGCUAGAAAUUUUUUCUUAUGGUGUCAUUUUUUAUGGAUACCCCCAAAUUAUAGUUACCUGGAGUCAAACUUUUUGGAUCGGUUUGGAUCUAGUCGGGUCGGGUCGGGUCAAAUCACAUAAUAAAAGCAAUUCAGUAAAAAUACAAUGUCAUUGAAUAAAAUCACAUAAUAAAAUAACAAAGUCAGUUGAAAUAUAUAAAAAAUGCAUUUAAUAGUUGCUCUGUACGCAUUUUCAUGUUUUUAAAACGAUUCAUAAUGUUUUCAAUGGCAACUUGCAAAAAAAAAAAAAAAAAAAAAAAAAAAAAACCCCUCUUUUUCAUUAUAAGAAAUAAGUGUACGCAUCAUUCAAAUGAUCAUCAAACAUCCUGUUAGGUUAAACAAUUGAAACAAAACAAAUUAGACAUGGAGCUAUAAUGCUUACUGGAUUAGAAAAAAUAAAAAUUAAGCAUAGACCUUUAAUGAUUUAAAGUGAACUAAUUAAAUUCAAAUAAUUAGGCUUAAUUUUUUAAAUAUAAAUUUGUUUAUUAUGUAAUUCUUUUAGAAGAAAACAAAACAAUGGUGUCGUUUGUCAAAAGACAAUGGUGUCGCUCGUAAAAAAACAAUGGUGUCGUUCGAAUUUUUCCUAUUAUACAUUGUAUUUGCUACAUAAAAUUCAAUGGCGUCGGAUGACACCGUUGUUCAAAGUGUAGCUCCGCCACUGCCAACUAUGACCCCAUACCCUUUAUCUUAAGUUAUGUUUGUUUAAAAUUUGGGUCUUAUGUCAUGUUCUCAUUAAUCAAGCUAAUCCAUGUAAGAGUCGGCCAGUUCUUAGGCCCGCUACUCAUCAUUAUUUUAAACAGGUUGAGCAGUUUAUCAUUUUAGUUUAUUCACUGUUUUAUUUUCAUGUUACCAAUCUCAUGUAUAGACAUUGUUAUUGACCAUUUGAGUUCUACAUUUUAAAUCUUUCAAAUUCUGUCUAUGGUGACAAUUAAUUAUGUUGGAAUCAAUACUUUGUAAUAACACAUCAUCAUGAUAUAUAUAACUAAUUUUCAUAUUCUUUUGGACCAUAAAUGUCCAUAUUCUCUUGAAAGUAAGAACAAAAGGAGAAUAUAAUAAGAAAACGUACAUUACUUUCUCCCUCAAAUUCAAGUCCAUAAAUACAUUACGAGCAUAUGUUUGAUAUGUAUGGAAUUAAAUAUAUCAAAUAAGUCUUUUUCUUGGAGACCCCUUUUGAAUUGUAACACUGCCUCAAAAAUAUUCUAAUAUUCUAUUGUAAAUUUAUAAUAUCCAACCACGAUAUGAUGCCCGACCACAUUUUUCUUGUGUUCUUGAAGUGGGAUUCGUUAAAUUUAUUCCAUUAACACAACUAGAAGCUUGUAAUGUUAGUAUAAAUAUAGUGAUGCAACCACACUAGGUCACUCAACUCGACUCGACUCAUAGGAAUGGGGUUUGAAUUUGAGCUAACAAGUGGCUCGCCACAACAACUCAGUAAACCACUAUGUGUUGUGAGUCCACAGUUCGUGUCCCCAAACCCCAUACACAUGUUGAGCGGGAAGAAGUUGUUAGCUCUUUCUGAUGGAAACUUUGGUGUCACUGAUGUCAAUGGUAACUUGAUGUUCAAACUCAAAGGAAAACUAUUGAGUGUUCAUGGUAAACGUCUACUAGUCGAUGGUGCUGGAAACCGUAUCCUCACUUUGCAGAAAAGGCUAACAAGUGCACGCAAAAGGUGGCAAUGCUUUAGAGGAGAUAGCACAAACCCUAGAGAUCAUGUGUUCUCUGCUAAACAAGUUAACCGAACCCAGUUCAAGACUUCACUUGAUGUAUUCUUGGCCUCCAAUAGGAACCAAGAUAUUGCUGACUUCACAGUCAAAGGCAACUGGUUUGAAAAACGUUGUACUGUUUAUGUUGGAGAGACUACUACUGUCAUUGCAGAGUUAUUAGGCUUUGCUGCAUACCGUUAUUCGUUUGGUUUGUUGGGCCGGUACAAGGUCGGUUGUGUGCAGGUAGAAAGAGCAAGGUGCAGAGUGUAUCUUUCCAGGGGUCAUAGUGUAAAUUUAGUAUAGCUGGAUAUAAAAGUGGAGAGAGACAGCAGAUCUUUAUCACCAGAUCUUUCAUUCUUCUCAAACCAUCUUCGAGACUCUUCUAGGGUUUUAUUGUUUCCAUCAGUUGCAGUCGAAAUCGUUCCAGAUCGUUUAUUGUACUGAAAAUCGUUCCAGUUGUUACUGCACGUCUUGUGGAUCGAUUGUUGCUGCACAUCUUGUGGUUUGAUAGUUACUGCAGAUCCUGUGGAUCAUUUGUUUUUGGUUGUAUCGUUCUUAUUAAUCAACUGAUAACUUUCAGUUGAUUAUAUCUUGUAGUGUUCAUAUUUUGAUCUUACAGUUUGUAAGAUCUUGGGAAGGUUUGGGCGUUUUUCGGAUUGGAUAAAUAAUAAAAUUUCUGUCAUGUUUUUGUCGCUAGAUCUGCUGUUAUUUUAGUUUCUGUUUCAUUUUGUACUGAUUAUACCAGUUUUACAUGGUAUCAGAGCGAAAAUCGCUCCUGAUUCGUAUUGUUACCGUUGCGUUGUACUGAUUUGUCCUUGAUUUUUUGUUAGGUUCGCUUCUGGUGUGUCUAGGGUUGCGAAUCAAUUUGUGGUUGGAUAGAUCGACAUUAUCUUGGGAGAUUGUUGUUCUUGUUGUGCAACUGAAACCCUAGUUAGGGUUUUCUUUGUUGAGCAGGAGACGUAUCUUCUUCUCGCUGUCUUGAAACUGCGUUGGUCUCUAAAAAUACCCUUGAAGGUUUUUUAGGGCAAACCAACCAGUCAUAUUAUUUGGAGAUUUUUCUAUAUCAGGUUUAGUAGUUCUUAAAAACUACUGAUCUGAUAUCUUGGAAGCUUUAGCACCCACUGUAAGAACGGUCUUAUCCGUCAUUUUUCUUUGUUUUUGCAUCAUCUUUUGUGUGUCUAGGCAUCCCUGUUUACCGGACUAGUCGGGCCGGCACUUGAUCGAGUCUGUCUUUGUGUUGUUGUAUUAUGUUGCUGUUCUGUAUUGUUUUCAUUGGUCUUGCAACUGUAUUAUGCUUGUCCAGGCACCUAUAGAGUGAUGACCCUGGAAUCUGGCCUCUGAUACAGUCUUGUUGUUGUGUAUAUUGUGUGCAAUCUGUUGCAAUUCUUGUUUGAUAUUUUGUUUGAGUUUCUUGUUUCUUGAUUGUGAAUAUGGGUGAUACUGAUCCUGGUACUUCUCAGACUUUGAUAAGUAAAUUAGAUAUUGGAGAUCCAUUAUAUCUUCCCCCUAGUGACUCUAGUGCUUUGACUAUUGUUAGUGUUAAGUUGAAAGGUACUGAAAACUAUUCCGUCUGGUCUAGUUCUAUGAAAUUGGCUUUAGAAGCCAAGAAUAAGUUUGGUUUUAUUGAUGGUAAAUGUGAAAGAUCAACUGAUGAUCAUGUUCUUGCUAGUCAGUGGGAUAGAUGUAACUCUGUAGUGUUAACUUGGCUUUUAAAUUCUGUGUCUGAGGAGUUAUUUUUGGGUCAAGUGUUUUCUAAGUAUGCUUCAGAGGUUUGGGAGGAUUUAAAGGAAACCUAUGAUAAGAUAGAUGGUUAUGUGGUUUAUGACUUGUAUAAAAAGAUAAACUGUAUUUCUCAAAGUGGUUCUACUGUGGCUGAUUAUUAUAAUAGGCUAACUACUAUGUGGAAACAGUUUGAUGCCAUGCUUAAACUGCCCACAUGUUCUUGUAAAGCAGCUAAAGAUUAUAAUGAUUUUUCAAUGUUAAUCAAACUAAUGCAAUUUAUCAUGGGAUUAGAUGAUGUUUAUCAACCAGUAAGAACUAAUUUGUUAACCAGAGAAGUAUUUCCAUCUGUCAAGGUUGCCUUUUCUGUGGUUUCUAGGGAGGAAUCACAUAGAUUGUCUAGCAGUGGGUCAAAAAGUCAAAGUGUAUCAUUUGUGUCUAAAUCAAAUCAGACUUUUGAUUCUAAAAGAAGAGUGUCUAAUCAAAGAGGACCUAAUCCAAACCUAAAAUGUACACACUGUAACAUGAUUGGUCAUAUUGUUGACAGAUGCUUUGAGGUUGUUGGUUAUCCUCCAGGUUUUAAGAAAAGAUCUAACACUAUGUCUGGUAAAAAUACUUUCACUAAUAAGUCUAAUGCCACUGUUGGAUCAUCUGCUAGUACAAGUAUGUCUACUUCUGGUAUGCCUUUUACAUCUGAGCAGAUGGCUAAGUUGUUGAGUCUUGUUGGUGAAAAGAAUGUGGCGGACACUCAAAACACUAAUAUAGGAGGUGAGAAUGUUAAUAUUAGUAGUUUUGUCAAUUGUUCUAGUUCUGUGAUGUUUGGUAGUCAGUUUAAUUGGAUAGUAGAUUCUGGAGCUAGUCAACAUAUGGUAAAUAAUGAUAAAGGUAUGUUUGAUAUGUUUGCAGUAUGAAUCAUGGGGGGAUGUUAAAACACUAUCUAGUUCAUACUUCAUGUUGUUGUUGGGCCUGAUAGUUAUUGGGAUUUGCUGCAUACCGUUAUUCGUUUGGUUUGUUGGGCCGGUACAAGGUCGGUUGUGUGCAGGUAGAAAGAGCAAGGUGCAGAGUGUAUCUUUCCAGGGGUCAUAGUGUAAAUUUAGUAUAGCUGGAUAUAAAAGAGGUGAGAGACAACAGAUCUUUAUCACCAGAUCUUUCAUUCUUCUCAAACAUCUUCGAGACUCUUCUAGGGUUUCAUUGUUUCCAUCAGUUGUAGUCGAAAAUCAUUCCAGAUCGUUUAUUGUACUGAAAAUCGUUCCAGUUGUUACUGCACGUCCUGUGGAUCGAUUGUUGCUGCACAUCUUGUGGUUUGAUUGUUACUGCAGAUCCUGUGGAUCAUUUGUUUUUGGUUGUAUCGUUCUUAUUAAUCAACUGAUAACUAUCAGUUGAUUAUAUCUUGUAUUGUUCAUAUUUUGAUCUUACAGUUUGUAAGAUCUUGGGAAGGUUUGGGCGUUUUUUGGGUUGGAUAAAUAAAAAAAUUUCUGUCAUGUUUUUGUCGCUA